ACUACUCCCAGUAGUGUGGCAGAUGACCUGAUCACCAAGACGAAGACAUCGCAGACUGUUGGCAAGUCGCUGCUUGGUCGAAGUCAUGGAAGACAAGGACGACAAGGUGCUGGAGGCGUGGGCGGAGAGCUCUGACGUCACGCCACAGACCCUCAGGUUCCUCAAGGACGAGGGCUUCACCUCCAUGCGGAUGUUGAGUCGUCUGACACCGGAUGAGAUUGACAAAGCCUUCCAGGGACCCCGGCUGUUGCCACUGGCCCAAUGUCUGGCACUGAAAGAAGCUGUGAAAAAACUGACAGGGGAGACUGCUGCCCCAGCUCCUGCCCCCUCACCUGCCCAGCUCCUGCCCCCUCACCUGCCCCCGCACCUGCCUUUGCACCUGCCUUUGCACCUGUAGCACCUGGCAGACGUGAACAAGAAAAUCUGGUUGGUUGCCGUCCUGAAGAAUUCCAGGUGUUUACCACGCGAGAUGCUGGUCCCGGCCGGCAGACAGGAAAUGACGGAUCCCUGGAGGGAAAUGUACCCACUGUAAGUCCACAAAGGCAACAAAGAGAGUCAUUUCCAUGGAGACCAGAAGAGAUGGCAGCAGAGAGGCCAUCCCAGACAGUCGAUGACUGGCAUCCUCAACCACAGUUCCCCAGUGAACAGCACGUGACGCAAGGUUACCAUGGUUACCAAGUGGUGCAGCGAGAACAGUACCAAGGGGCAUCAGCGCCUGCCCACACCUACAUUAGACCACAGAAAGAACUACAUGCAGGUAGCGACAGGUACCCGUACCCUGAGCCACAGGCUGGAGUGAAGACCUCGGCACCUCAAGCAGACUACAGACAACAGGUUCACACCGCAUCGCCAUGGGACAGACAAGGGUUUGGAGGUGAGACUUUUCGCUUCCUGCUGGUGGGCAAAACUGGAGCAGGUAAAAGUACCACGGGCAACACCAUCCUCGGGGACAACCAUUUCACCUCCGACAUCAGGUUUGACUCCGUCACCGGAGACUGUCAGCUCAAGCGCAGCACUCGCAAUGGAGUGAUGAUUGAGAUCAUGGACUCGCCAGGUCUGUUCGACACCCGUAACACCCACGAGGUGAUCUCCACCGCCAUUGUCCAGGCUGUGGCCUGCAUGCAUCCGGGUCCUCACGCUUUCCUGUACGUCAUCAAGAUCGGACGGUUUACGAAGGAAGACGAGGGUGUGUACAACCGACUCACUGCACUGUUUGACCAACAGUUACAGAACUACUCCAUGGUGGUCUUCACUGGAGGAGAUGACCUUCUGCGCACAGGUGCGUCCAUCGAGGAGAAGAUCGCGAAGGCACCGGAAAACUUGAGAAAGCUUCUUAAGGCCUUCAGGAACAGGUACGUUGUAUUCAACAACAUGGCGGCCAACAAGCAGCCUCAGGUGGACUUGUUUCUACAGAAAGUUCGAGAAAUGGUUGCUGAAAACGGCGGUGCACCUUAUAGCUGUCCCAAGUACAUGCAGGUCGGCGAAGGAAUGGAGGAGGAAGUGGCUCGAAGAGUGGCGGAGGUGGAGAAGCAGGACCUCAAGAAGAAGCGGUUUGUCCAGGAGCUUGAGAUCAAAACAGAACAGGCGAAAGAGGCUGUGGCGAGAGAGAAGGAAGACCUUAAGAAGAGAGAAGAAGCCCGAAAGCAGGAGAUGAAGGAAGAGGAGGAGAUGAGGAGGGCGCAGUUUGAGAGUCUGAAACAGCAGCUGGAGCAACAACAGAUGAGUGAGGAGAAGAGAAGGCAGGAGACAGAAGCAUUCCUGAGGAAACUUGAAGAAGAAAAACGAGAACAGAUGAGACAGAUGGAAGAAGACAGAAAACGGGAGCAAAAGAGGCUCCAAAAGAAAGAGAAAGAAAUGCAAGAGGCGAUGUCAAAGAUGAUUGAGGAGCAGAGGAAACAGCAAGAAGAAAGGAUGAGAGCCCACGAAAUGGAGAUGAGAAGACUAAAGGACAGAAUCGCAGACAAUAAAGAACCAAGUUUCGUAGACAAAAUUAAAAGCGGCGUGAACAACUUCGUGAACAUGGUGAUUGACGGAAUCGCUUCAUUUUUUUGAAGUAGUGUUGCAGUUUUUUGUUUCUUUCUUAGUUUUUUUUAAUCAGGAUUUGCUUAAACGUUUGGCUAAUUCUGCAGCACUUUAGUUUGCUCACCGCACUGGUUGAUUACAAAUAUAAUAUGACUAUAGAAAGAUGAUACGAUGCUUUUUCUGGAUAAAUGAAAUGUGCCAGAAAUAUGUUUAUUAAUAUGGUAACUGAUGAAGUCUCUACUUUUAUUCAUUUCUGUCGUCGUUGAAAAGAUGUUUGGGACUGUUAGAUUAUGUCCCUUUUAAGAUUUCCUUAAGCUUUUUAUGAUACAUUACUGUAAUAUACUUAUGUUAUAUUUUCUUGGUUGAUUUUUACAUUUAAUAAGUGAAUACUUUCAACGCAUAGAACCACGGCUGCAUGACAGAAUAUACAUUAAUACUAUUUUGACAGAAGUUUUUAGAUUUAAAUAUAUCAUUAACGGUGUUUUAUUUUGAAUCGCUACACAACAUUGCAAUACUACUGUGACAGUGACCCUAACAGAGUCUGACAGAGUAAACAAAAUACGAAAAAUCAAGUAAUUUUCAUUUAACAUUUAAUUUAAAUUUAAUUUAAUUUAGUUAUACAGAGGGCAGCGUUGUACUUAAAAAGCUGUGAUAAAGAUUACAUUAAAUCGUAAAGGGGAAGAACUGUGCAUGAAUUUGGAAGAACUUGUUCAAAUGACAUCAGUAAGGUCGCUUACAUACGGGAACUUCUGGUUUGGAAAAGGUUUACACAAGACAAAAUAAAAGAAACUAUGAAGAUAA